AUGACAAAGGAGGCACAGACAUUGGAGACUCCAGCGAGUACUCCCGAUGUUGAGUUAACAGAGAGAUCUCGCGAUAAUUCGCUUCCUAGUUCACAAGAGGCAUAUGAGCUUGGGGGCGGAUUCGAGAAAGACCUUGACGUCACCCAGGAUGACUUGCUUGAAGCAAGAGAGACUGCAGCAACAUUAUCAAUUGAAGAUGUUCACAAAACGAUGAAGAAGGUGUAUAAACUUCAUAAGAGAGAUCCGAAUUUCCCUCUCUCAGUAAUACAAAAGAUCGAAUGCUUCCUGGAGCAAGAUGACGUCUUGAAACAUCCAGAGAAGCAUGCCACACUUAUUCAAGAAAUAAAGAUCGAGGCAGCGUUGAUAACACACAACUCACCAUACGCCGAAGUCCGCGCCGUAGUCGACAACCAUGAUGACCCAGACAUGCCCUGCUCCACGGUCCGUGCCUGGUUCAUAGGUCUCAUAUUCUCGUGCGCCGUGUCCUUCAUCAAUGGCUUCUUUGAGAUCCGUCAACCCAUGAUCAGCGUCGGUCUAGCAGUACCUCAACUCCUCGCCUACCCAUUUGGGAAGUUCCUCGAGAAGACACUACCUGAUGUUGGUCCCACGCUGUUUGGUGUGAGGCAUAGUCUUAACCCUGGUCGGUUUAAUAAGAAGGAACAUAUGUUGGUUACUAUCAUGUCGAGUAUCUCCAUGGGGACUCCUUAUACGAACUACAUCAUCUGGAUCCAGUACUUGCCCCAGUAUUUCAAUCAGCCUUAUGCAAUUAACAUUGGUUAUCAGAUCUUGCUUGGUCUAUCUUCCAAGUUAAUCGGCUAUGGUCUCGCUGGGAUCUGCAGACGGUUCCUCGUCUAUCCUUCCUACUGCCUCUGGCCCACGACUUUGGUCUGCAUCGCUCUUAAUACAGCAUUACACGACGAGGGCGAUAUCCCAGUGUUGGGACCCUUCAAGAAGAUAUGGAAUACAUCCCGUUUUAGGUUCUUCAAUAUUUCCUUUGCUGCGAUGUUCGCUUACUUCUGGCUACCGAAUUAUCUUUUCGCUGGCAUGAGUUACUUUAGCUGGAUAGCCUGGAUAGCACCUAACAACCGCGACUUGGCCAAUAUCACGGGUGGACAUACUGGCCUGGGUAUCAAUCCUUUUCCCACGAUGGACUGGAACAUCAUCACUUUGGGCUGCGAUCCUCUCAUGGUGCCGUUCUUCACCACUUUCAACUUAUUCUGUGGUGUACUGAUGACUUGCGUUGUCAUCUUGGGCGUUUACUACGGAAAUGCAUACUCUACAGCUUACCUCCCUAUUAACUCGAACCGGGUGUUUGAUCACUUUAGAGGGCUAUAUAACGUCUCUGCUAUUCUUGACGAAAGGGGCGUCUUUGACGCUGAGAAAUAUGAAGCGUACUCGCCUGCUUUCCUGUCAGCUGCUAGUGUCGGCUCGUACAUUUUCUUCUUCGCGCUAUAUACAGCUGCUAUCACUUAUGGAGCGCUAUACCACCAUCGUGAAAUAGCUAUGGGCUUUAAGGGACUCAUCAACAGCUUUCGCUCUUCGAGGAAGAAUGACCUUAUGGAUGAUCAGGUGCCUGAUGCGCAUAAUCGUCUCACGAAGAACUAUCGCGAAGUUCCUGAGUGGUGGUAUCUGGUAGUUCUCGCGAUAGCCUUCAUUGUAGGUAUCGUUGGUGUCUCUCAGUGGCCUACGCAUACGCCGCCAGCAGUUGUACCUUUCGGUAUCAUUCUGAGUCUGAUAUUCGUUGUACCGGUCGGUAUCAUCUCAGCUACAACAGGAAUCCCUGUGUCGUUGAACGUAUUGUCUGAGUUUCUUGGUGGAGCUUUCGUCGAAGGUAAUGCUAUCGCGAUGUGCUUCUUCAAAAGCUACGGAUUCAGCACUUGUGCUCAAGCUGUUUACUUCAGCGCCGACAUGAAACUGGCACAUUAUCUCAAGAUACCCCCUCGUUUCACGUUCUGGGCACAGAUAAUCCCGACGCUUGUAUCAACACUUGUCUCUGUGGGUGUUCUUCAAUACCAGAUUCGCCUAGAAGGCGUGUGUACACCGAAUGCUCCGUACCGUUUCACAUGUCCUGGCUUAAACAACUUCUUUACCGCGGCUGUGCUCUGGGGAACUAUCGGACCGAAGAAGUUGUUUGGCACUGGAGGUCAAUACGUCGAGGCCCUAGUAGGCUUUCCCGCCGGCGUGGCUAUCGUUCUACUCUUUUGGUGGCUAGGGAAAAAAUAUCCGAAAGUUAAGUUUAUACGGAGUAUUCAUCCUGUUGUUUUGCUUGCGGGAGGUAUGCUAUGGGCGCCAUAUAACCUCGCUUACAUCUGGCCUGCUGUGCCGAUUGGAUGGUUGUCGUGGAUUUAUAUCAAGAAGCGAUAUCUCUCUUUCUGGGCAAAGUAUAACUAUAUUCUAUCUGCUGCUUUCUCGGUUGGUAUUGCUCUGUCAGCACUGGUCAUGUUCUUUGCUUUGCAAUACCAUGAUAUCAACCUUGACUGGUGGGGUAACAGAGUACCCUUCGAAGGAUGUGAUGGAACUCAGUCUUGUUUUCUCAAGACUCUUGGUCCAGGCGAGUACUUUGGACCUCGGAUAGGAGAGUUCAGCUAG